AUGCCUUUCGGUACUCUCAAGACAAAGGAAGCUAGAGGCCCCAUCCCUCUCUGCUCUCCGCCCUACCCUGUUGGCCUGGAUGAAUUCACCGACGUCACAGUUCUUUCGGUCAAAUAUCAUACUAUAUACGAUGCCGUCAAGGACAUGAUCCCCGAGGAACUAGAGCUAGAAGAUGAACCCAUUGUCACCCUCACCCUCUUCAACUAUGGCAUGAGUCCUAUUGGCCCGUACAACGAGUUUGUCUGUGGAGUCGAAGUCAAGUUCCAGGGUAACAAGAUGCCCUUUUCCAUCGAGCUUGUCCUCAACAACGAAGGUGCCAUUUAUGCCGGACGAGAGCGUUGGGGUAUUCCCAAAUUGAUGGGUGUCGUUGAGUUUGAUCCCUCCGCCACGAAUUCAGCUCCUAACGGAAUCAUCACGGGCCAUGUCGAGCGUCCCGCGGGGUGCAAGCUGGUCCAGUUCGGGUUCAAGCCGCUCAAGAAAGUUCAAGACUGGGGUGUUCUUGACGGCAUGAAGCGCCAGAGUCUUCACCUCCGCUCCAUUCCUGCGGCGAAUAGUCAUGAUCCCCCAAUUCUCAGGGAGUUCAUCCCUACCUGUAUGGAGAUAACUCAUGCUGAGGUUUGGACUGGCGAAGGAUCUGUUGGUCUCUUUAAUGUUUCCGAGUUCGACCCGGUUCAUCGACUCAAGGUCGUGAAAUACAGGUGCUAG